AUGCCGGCGUGCCAGUCCGAGCCAGUCUGCUGUGACAGCGCAGUAAAAUUCUCCUUUUGGCUCUGGCGGGCGGCGCUGGCCCGAGACAUCCUGCAACAAGCCCCGAUGCCCGCUCCGGACGACGACCCCGACGAGGAGGAGGACAAGAAGGAGAUCAAGGCGCUCGACGAGGGAGACAUCGCGCUGCUCAAAACCUACGGCGUCGGCCCGUACAACAAGAAGGUGCUCGGGGUGGAGAAGGACAUCAAGGAGCUCAACACGAAGAUCUUUGAGCUGGUGGGCGUCAAGGAGAGCGACACCGGCCUCGCGCCGCCCUCCCAGUACAUGAUCAACGUGAAGCAGAUUGCAAAGUUCGUCGUCGGACUGGGCGACCGCGUCGCGCCCGCCGACAUCGAGGAGGGCAUGCGCGUCGGCGUCGACCGAAACAAGUACCAGAUUCAGAUCCCGCUGCCCCCGAAGAUUGACCCGACGGUGUGCGGCGCUGGCGGCGGCCAGAGGCUGCUCUCUUGGGCGCUGUGA